CAGGAUUCUUGGAAAUCAAGAAGGCCAUUGUUUUACUUGCUGUUGCUUUGCGUCUUGCUAGUGUUUCAGGUUAGCUUUUACUUUUUAACUUUUAUUCUUUUUAAGUGAUAUCUGUUAUCUUACAUCAAAUUGUACUAUCUGUUUGGAUUGUAUUUUUUAAACCUGAUUACAAAAGGAGGUCUUCAUAAAACACCAAAACAUGGCAUCCGAUCAAGAACAGUACUUCCUGAAAUGGCACGAUUUCCCAGCAACCGUGGUGAGCUCUUUCAAGCAUCUGAGGGAUGAGAAGAGCUUCACAGAUGUGACAUUAGCUUGUGAGGGCCAGAUGUGCACCGCGCACCGCAUGGUCCUGUCAGCUUGCAGCCCCUACUUCAAGUCCCUCCUGGAGGAGAACAUAUCCAAACAUCCGAUAAUCAUUCUGAAAGAUGUGCCCUUCAGUCAUCUGCAAGCGAUUCUCGAGUUCAUGUAUGCAGGAGAGGUGAACGUCUCACAGGAGCAGCUCCCCGCCUUAUUGAGUACAGCUGAUCGCUUACAAAUCAAAGGGUUAUCCGAGCCUCAACUAUCUUAAAGGAUAAACGUAUGUUGUGCGACUUUUGAAAACUUUGUAUAGUAUUGUACGAACGUGUGAGUGUGUGUAUCCAAGGACUUGUGAUGACAAUAAAACACGAAUCUGAUUGGGAAGCGAUGAGAAACCUACCAUUCAGAGAACUAUUGAUUGUAUUCUAUGCAAGGACUCAAACAAAUGCACUAUUUUGAAUUUUAUUUUCUUCAAAUGAUCUUUUAUUUUUAUCGUAUAUUUUUAUCAAUGAUAACUAUUGAUUACUGUAUAUUUUGUUUUCUUACUUUCAAUUUUUCUAUCAUUUACCAAGUACUUCUCGAAUAAACAAAACUAUAUUAUC